AUGAAAUUCCUCUCAAUUUUUCUCAUUUCCCUCAUCGCCAUCAUUGCUUUCGCUGAGAAAAUGGAGGAAACGGUUGGAAUUGUCAAUUCGGAAAACGAUACUGUCCAGCCAAAUCACGAAAAGUCAGCUGUUCUGGAAACCUCUAACUCAAACAAAACAUGGGCAAUCAUUUCGGGUCGAUUGGCUUCAUUCACUUGUAAAGAGGCUUGUUGUGGACAUUGCUGUUGUAAAGGGAUUUAUUGCCAGUACACCAAUUGUUGUGAAUGU